AUGGGGCUCAGGGAGGGACUGCCCUCAGACCUGGGUGGACAAGCCGAGGGCCGGCAGCGCAUAUACGCCGUCCAGCCAGAGGGGCGGCGCCCCCUUCCAGGUGACCACUGGCUGGGGCUGCAGCACAUCUCGGACGUGACGGCCCAGCCAGGCCUGCAGAUUGAGCUGAUGGUGGACCUGGGGUACGUGGACAGUCUCAUGCUUUGGGCCCACUAUGACAACUUCCACGUGGACAAGGAGGACCAGCUGACCCUGAGCCAGUACUUGGGGAACACUGGCAGCACCAAGUGGGCCCUGGGUUCCACCAUGCUGCGCAUUCCGGCAUCAAGCGCGUGGGGCGAGCGAUGGGAGCUGCAGCUCAAGGGCGCCGGCCCCACGCCCUUCUCCAGACAGGCUGACGGUCGCAAAGUCCUGCGGUCGAGCAUCCGUGAGUUCCUGUGCAGCGAAGCCAUGUUCCACCUGGGGAUCCCCACCACACGGGCCGGGGCCUGCGUCACGUCCGAGUCCACAGUGGUGCGCGAUGUGUUCUAUGAUGGUAAUCCAAAAUAUGAAAAAUGCACGGUUGUGUUGCGUAUAGCUUCCACUUUCCUAAGGUUUGGAUCCUUUGAAAUUUUCAAGUCUGCCGACGAGCACACAGGGCGGGCGGGCCCCAGCGUGGGAAGGAAUGACAUUCGCGUGCAGAUGCUUGACUAUGUGGUUGGCUCUUUCUACCCCGAAGUCCAGGCCGCCCACGGCAGCGACCGCGUGCAGAGGAACGCCGCCUUCUUCCGGGAGGUGACCCGCCGCACAGCCCGGAUGGUGGCAGAGUGGCAGUGUGUGGGCUUCUGCCACGGCGUGCUCAACACCGACAACAUGAGCAUCGUGGGGCUCACCAUCGACUAUGGGCCCUUCGGCUUCCUGGACAGAUACGACCCCGACCACGUGUGUAAUGCCUCCGACAACACUGGGCGCUAUGCAUACAGCAGGCAGCCCGAGGUGUGCAAGUGGAACCUGCAGAAGCUGGCCGAAGCUCUGGAGCCCGAGCUGCCCCGCGAGCUGGGCGAGGCCAUCCUGGCCGAGGAGUUUGAUACCGAGUUCCAAAGGCACUACCUGCAGAAGAUGCGCAAGAAGCUGGGCCUUGUGCGAGUGGAGCAGGAGGAGGACACGGCGCUGGUGGUCAAGCUCCUGCAGACCAUGCACCUGACUGGUGCUGACUUUACCAACACCUUCUACCUGCUGAGCUCCUGCCCAGUGGAGCCAGAGUCACCAGACCUGUCUGAGUUCCUGGCCACACUGACCUCACAGUGCGCCUCCUUGGAGGAGCUAAAACUUGCCUUCCGACCCCAGAUGGAUCCCCGGCAGCUCUCGAUGAUGCUGAUGCUGGCACAGUCAAACCCACAGCUCUUUGCACUCUUGGGCACCCACGCAAACCUCACAAGGGAGCUGGAGCGUGUGGAGCAGCAGUCAAGGCUGGAGCAGCUGAGCCCAGCUCAGCUGCAGAGCAGGAACCAGGGCCACUGGACCACCUGGCUCCAGGAGUACAGAGCCCGCCUAGACAAGGACAGGGAGGGUGUCAGCGACACGGCGGCCUGGCAGGUAGAGCGUAUGCGUGUGAUGCAUAGCAACAACCCCAGGUACAUCCUGCGGAACUACAUUGCACAGAACGCCAUCGCAGCCGCCGAGGAUGGAGACUUCUCGGAGGUGCGACGGGUGCUGAAGCUGCUGGAGGCCCCUUAUCACAACCCUGGGGAAGCUGCCGAGGUCCCUGAGGCUACUGAGCCUGAGGGGGCCAGAGGGGCAGCUGGGGGGCAGCACUCCUACAGUAGCAAGCCCCCACUCUGGGCAGCGGAACUGUGUGUGACGUGAUCCUCGUAACAGCCUCGGUGUCCUCCACAUACCUGGAGUCUCCCGAGGCCCCCAAGUGCUGCUGAAUGGUUGAGACAGUGCUGGGCCACCUUCCACGCCCAGGCAGCAAAGGCUGUGCCCUGCCACCUGUCUCUCCAUGACGGCAGAGACGUCCAGUCAGCACCUGACCCGUCUCUGUCUGACACUUGACUUCUGCAGCCUGGCCCCGUGCACUACCCACCCUGUGAUAAGCUGCCCCUCGUGGGGACAGGAACUCGCCCUCAGGCAUAUGGGUGAUGCAGAGGGGGUCAGGCCCCUAAAUAAAGCAGCUUCCUCAGGCC